AUGGCAUUUUCAACAGGAGCUCAGCCCCCGCAACAGCAAUUUUUUAGCAGCACUGUGGGAUUUAUGGCUCGACGCAAUAGGUCCAAGCGUUUCAGGCCUUACUUUUCAGAAAGAGAAGCACAAGAAGAGAAAGACCACCAACAGCUGGCUGCUUAUUCACUAAUGAUGAUCUCUCAUGCUCAUGGAAUGACCUCUCCUCUACCCAUAUUAAGCUUUCUUAGCAAGAGGAAAUCCCAAAGGCUUUUGGAGGGUUUUAAUUUUGAGGCAGAUUCCCCAAAAAUGCUGAGGCUGAAGGAGGAGAGUGAGAAGAGAUACAAUUGCAAGGGAUGCAGAAAGAAGAAAUUCAUGUCUUUACAAGCUCUGGGUGGCCAAAGGGAAAGCUUAUAUAACAUGUCAAAGAAAUUUUAUGACAACAAAAACGUUGCCUCUUCUUCUGCAAAGGAAAAGCUUCAUAUAUGCCCGAUUUGUGACAGGGGUUUUAGGAGCGGGAGAUCCCUGGGUGGGCACAAGAGGGCUCACAGAAGAUAUAUCUAUAUAGAUGCAAUGUCACCACCUCAAGCACUUUUCUAA